CUGUAGAACUUCGCACGGAACGGUUGGGUAAAAAUAUUGUCGUUUUGCGCCAUCGGAACGGAUCAAGGUUUCGUGACACACGAUGUUAAUUUAAAAGUUUAUAAGCUGCUACCGAACAGUGAAUAGUGCUUUGUUUUCUGAAAGUUUAGUGGAAAUUCAUCGUAGAUAGUCCUGCUGAGAUAGUUUCGUGGUCCGAAAAUGGUUUCACCAGUGUUCAGGUUACUGGCCACUGUAGCGACAGCCACUCUGGUUGUAGUCAACUCACAGUUUCUAAGCUUCGAUCAACAUGGAUCCGACUGCGCACUGUACGUCGGUGGUCCGGGAAAAUCAUCCGCCUUCGAUUACAACGUGAAUCUGUUCCGAGGAACGAUAUCUCCGCUCCACACCGAAUCAAACACUUGCAUCACAUACGAUGCCAUCAAUCAGGCUUACCUGGAUGCCCGCAAGCGCAUCCGAGUGUCACAGCCGAAGGGAGACUGGAAGACGGAAGACAUCGCCACCGUCGGUGAGUUGAUGCUCGACAUCUCCAUCCAGCUGGCCAGGACUUACGGUCUAUCCUACGAAGAGAUCGAGAAGGGUCUACCGUCGAUCGACACCUCCAAAACCCUUAUCCGGGAAGUGUGUCCUGCAUUCCUGUCGGGAGUGGAAUGUCGGCCGGGAAAGUAUCGUCGAGUGGAUGGUCUCUGUAACAACCUGAAACAUCCAACGUGGGGUGCUGCCAUGACCCCGUUCCAGCGUCUGAUCGGUCCUCUGUAUGCUGAUGGAAUCAACGCACCUCGAAUUUCCGUAACCGGACACGAUUUACCACUAUCUCGUGUCGUUUCGCGUACCAUCCAUCCCGACGAGGGUUAUCACGAUCACGCCGGAACGGUGUUCGUGAUUGCGUGGGGUCAAUUCAUGGAUCAUGACUUCACUCUGACCGGAACUCCACUGGAUCCGAUCAAUCGAAACGAUCCCGAAGAAUGCUGCAAGAGACCACCGCACCUGAAACAUCCCUACUGCAAUGAAAUCCGCAUUCCAGAUGACGAUUACUUCUAUCGACUGUUCAACGUAAAAUGUAUCGACUUUGUGCGUGGUUUCCCAUCACCACGUGCCGGAUGUCGUCUAGGAUCGCGUGCCCAGUUCAACACGCUUACCUCCGUCAUCGACGGUAACACCAUCUACGGAGUGAACGAAAAGUUCACCCGGAAGCUGCGAACCGGUUACAAUGGGUUACUCCGAAUGAACCCGGUGUUCGCCGAGUAUGGUCUCAAGGAUCUGCUUCCGCUGAAGCUGGACAUUCCGGACGAAGGUUGUACGCGACCCAACAAGAGCAUGUUUUGUUUCGAAGCCGGAGAAAUUCGUGUCAACGAACAGCUGGUGCUGACCUGCAUGCAUACUCUGCUGGCACGUGAACACAACCGUAUCGCAACCGAACUGGGUCGCAUAAAUCCCCAUUGGGACGAUGAAACUUUGUUCCAGGAAGCUCGCCGCAUCAACAUCGCCAUCAUCCAGCACAUCACCUACAACGAAUUCUUACCGAUUCUACUCGGCAAGGAAGUCAUGGAAAAGUUUGGCUUGCUCACACCGAAGGAAGGUUACUGGGAUGGUUACGAUGAAACGAUCAAUCCGGCCAUCAUCGAUGCAUUCUCGGCGGCUGCCUUCCGUUUCGGUCACUCGCUGUUGCCCACCGCAGUCGAACGGUGGUCCAAGGCACACAAAUUCAUCGCUUCCAAGCGGUUAUCGGAUCUGAUCCGUCGGCCGUACGAUUUGUAUCGGGCAGGAGUUUACGACGAAUAUCUGAUGGGAUUGAUGAAUCAGGUGGCCCAGGCCAUGGACGAUUCGAUCACGCAGGAGGUCACCAACCAUUUGUUCAAGAAGGAAGGUGCACGGUUCGGUAUGGAUCUGGUAUCGUUCAACAUGCAGCGCGGCCGAGAGUUCGGCGUUCCCGGAUACAUGGAGUUCCGAAAGUUCUGUGGACUGCCAACUGCAAACACCUUCGAGGAGUUGUUUGGAUCGAUGCCCAAUGAAACCGUGCGUCGAUACGAGAGUAUAUUCGAACAUCCAUCCGAUGUAGAUCUGUGGUCCGGAGGAGUAUCGGAACGUUCGCUACCAGGUUCAAUGCUGGGACCAACCUUCGCCUGUAUCAUCGCUACUCAGUUUAGCUACGUGCGCCGCGGGGAUCGAUUCUGGUAUGAACUGCCAAACCAGCCAUCCUCGUUUACUCCGGAGCAACUGCAAGAAGUCCGGAAGGCUAAACUUGCCCGACUAAUUUGCGACAAUACCGAUUUGAUCGAUACCGUGCAAAUCUAUCCGAUGGUGUUACCAGACCAUGAAAUCAAUCCAAGAGUGCCAUGCAAGAGCGGAAUUCUGCCAUCGAUCGACCUAACCAAGUGGGCCGACUACGGUCAGGAAAACCAUUCACCUCAUCAAUAUCAAUUCCUGAACGACAUACCUGGAAACAUAGGGUUCAAAAAGUAAAAAUAUAGGUACGCUGCGCUUACUGAUACCACCGCCAGCAAACCUACGAUUCAAUGGAACCGAUCUAGAGAAGACAAAAAAGGGGAUAAAAAAAAGAACCAUUUCAGAGAUUAUAAGUUAGAUAAUUCAAACUAAUAUUAUAAGCCAAUCUAUGCUUCCAUCCAGUCUGUCCUGUCAAAUCCCACUAUCGUUACCUAUCUUUCCCAAUUAUCAUUGUAUUAUACACAUUUUAUCACCCUGGCACCCACAUACUAACGGAACAAUAGCUCCUUUAAAAGAAAAGAACAUAGGCUUCGACUCAACACUAGAACAAAAACAAUGACAACUUCUACACGUUAAUAAUUUUUAAUUGUUUUAAAACAUGAAUACAUUAGUUAAAUUGAUCAAUUGUUUUUUUAAAAAUUGUGGUUAUUAAACAAUUUACUUUUUCUGAACUAUGACCAAACAAGCACUACAGUGUGUAUCCUGUAAACAGUGUUAUUACCAUACAUUCCUCAUCCUCAUAAUGUUUCUCGCAGGAUAAUGUAGUGCUGUUCAAUUGCUGCUAUAACAAUGUUCGUUAUUUUUUUUCCUAGAGCUAAAAACAAAUACAAGCAUUUAUAUCGAAUAAUUUGCUCUAUUACCACACAAAAAAACUGUAAUUGUUAGAGUGCCUAUAACCAGAGUGACGACAUCUCAUCCGUAAUGCUGGCAACAAUUAAAAACAUUCCAUUAGCUUUACAUUGAAUUGACAGGUCGUUUGCUCGUUUGGAACUGGUAGCUGUCAUUCCAAACGAACAGCUGUCGCCACUCUGAUUAUAGUCACUCUAGUAAUUGUCUAGCCGUACGUCAAAUGCUGGCAACACUGCUUGCAAGUUAAAGAGUAUUUAUUUACCCCGAAAUCAGACGUCGCAGCACAAGCAGGAAUUGGUUAUGUUAUUUUUGAUUGUUACAUCAACUCUAUUGUUACGAUCAAUACAAUCAUGCACCCGUUGAUGAGUAGAGAACCACACGCCUUGAACUCUCUAUAUUGUUUUUGUGUAAUAUUUAUGUACAUAAUAAAAAUUUUAAGUACAAUAUAAAAA